AUGUUUUCUUUGAGUGAUGAAUGGAUGUGUGAUUUUGAUCAUGGACAAAUAUGUCUGAAAGGUCUUCCAUCAGCUUCAUUUGUUGUAAUAAAUGAAACAAGUCAACAAAUAAGACAACCUGCUUCUGAUGUUACGUCUAUUCUUACAUCAAAUGAUCAAGGAAAAUGCUUUUUUCCUUAUAAAAUUAAUUCAUUUGAUAUGUUUUUCUGUUUAAAAACUAAUUCGAAUCUUCCAGCAACAUGUUCUAUUGAACAUGAAAAUGGUCCGAAAAUAAAUUGUAGUGAAGGCGAAUAUGGAUAUGCAAAAUUUGAAGAAAAUCAAAAAGGAUCUCGUUCUUAUGAAUUAGAAUCACUCCCAAUUUUAUCAAUCGGUCAUCAUUGUAUACGAAUAUUUUAUUAUUUUUCGGAUGGAAAUUCAAAUGCAACUAUUCGAAUUAUCUUAGAAGAUUCCCAAACACAUCAAAACCGAACUAUUCUCACAGUUUCAUCAUAUGUAGCUAACAAAUGGCAUGAAAUUAGACAAAAUUUUCAAAUAUUUAAUUCAAUUUCCAAUGUAAAUUUUACUUUUCUUUAA